CGCUACCGGAAGUAAACCGCUCACGGGACCUCUCGUUGGUGGAAAGCUUGAAAUGGCUUGGAUGUUAUUGUUGCUCUAUUUUAACUAUGGUCUGAUGCAUGUGUGACAAGCACAGCUCAGUGUCAUGGCAGAGGUGCUGGGACAGAGGUGUUUAUUGGGCCUUGGUGUACUGUUGGCUUGGCUUGUUCUUUUCCAUCUGCUUGUUAAUAUUUGGCUGCUGUGCGUGUUCACCAGCCUAUUGGUGGUACUUGGCGGCUGGCUGGGCUCACAGGCCAUCUUGGAAUCCAACAGUGUGAUUCACCUGGAAAGGUUUGUCACUUUGGAACAGAUUCCUUCCUCUGUGGAGGAUGACUAUUACUUGGACCAAGAAAUCCACAAUUCAGUGAGGAAGAUUAUUCGGGACUUUGUUUCCUCAUGGUACUCGACUGUGUCCUCUGAGACUGGCUUUGAAAAGGAGAUUAAAGAAGCCAUGAUUUCAAUGGGCAUGGAGCUGAAGAUGCGUGCAACACUAUUAGACAGAAAAAAACUAACCCAGAGGAUCUUGGAAAUGUUUGGCUGCCAUCUGCAGGACUACCUUCGAGCCAAGGAGCUGGUUGCUCAGAAGCAGGUGUCUCCAACUACAAAAGUUAUUAGUGAGAUGGAAAAGUUGUGGCAGGCAUAUUCCAGAGUUACCACAUCUCACUAUGUUAUGACCAGUGAGGCAGUGGAAGUCAAUUACACAAGAGCACUGGUGGACUUAUUGCUGCAUGUUUUGGUGCCCCCGCCUCAUUUGGAAACAGGCACUGGACGAUUUGUUGUUGGAGAACUCAUCACCUGCAAUGUCCUCCUCCCUCUUUUUGAUAAACUGUCUGACCCUGACUGGUUGAAUCUUUUCAUGAUAGACAUUUUUGGCAGUUCUAACAAACCAAAUGAGAUGACUGUAGAAGAUACUCCAGAUUUGUCAUUACGACUUCUCCAUGCCGAAUUAGAUCUCACUCUACCACAAGAGACCACAUACGCACACCAAAAGAAUGCAGAUGUCCGUCAUCCAAAACCUCAAACAGAAAGGGAAAAUUAUGUGGAGAUGGUCAUGCCUGAACUCUCUUUGUAUGAUGUGGCAGACUCAGACAAGGUCUGCUGUCAACAGAAUAACAUCGAAGAAGAGGCUUGUCUGUCUUUAAGGAAUUCUGUGAGUGGAAUUAACUUAAAUCCAUUUUACCAAGAAAAUUAUUCUGACCAGGACUCUUCAUUAGCUGACUACAAACGGAGUUCCAUUGACUCCUUGGUCAUGAUAGGACAAGAGGACACUUUGUAUGACGAACAAAGUGUAAUUGAGCGCAGUAGUGGUAAAGACUUGGAGGGUCUUUGUUCCAAUCAAUUGGAUGGAUUCUUUCCUAGAGUCUUGGUAAAUGCAGAGACAUUGGAGCAUCCAAAUGGCUCAUUGGAAAGAACAACACAGAACACUCCCAUUAGGAGCCUUCAGAGCAUGGAGAGUGACAGUAGCUUCUCUUCAGCAGGGAACACCAAUGAACUGACUGUCAUGAGCCCAUUGCAUGGUUCUUCCCCCUUGCCUUCGUUCAGUUUUGAGCCUCUAUGUAGCCCUGAUGGACCAAUCAUUAUCCAAAAUCUUCGUAUCACUGGCACGAUCACAGCUAAGGAGCACCGUGGCACCGGCUCUCACCCUUAUACUCUUUACACCAUCAAGUAUGAGACAGCGAUGGGUUGUGAGAACCCGGGGCCCAUCCAUCCAUGCUCAGAAGAUGGGGACACAUUGCACUCAGGUUUUGAAAGUCCAUCGUCCAUUCACCCAGUGGCCUAUCAUAUGGUCAACAGACGAUACAGUGAAUUUCUUAACCUACAAGCACGCGUGGAAGAGAGAACAGAACUAAAGAAACUCAUCAAAGGUGUAAAAGGUCCUAAGAAAAUAUUCCCAGACAUGCCCUUUGGAAACAUGGACAGCGACAAGAUAGAGGCCAGGAAAGGAAUGCUGGAGACCUUUCUGAAGCAUCUUUGUGCCAUUCCUGAAAUAGCCAACAGUGAACAGAUGCAGGAAUUUCUGGCUCUGAAUACAGACGCACGGAUUGCAUUUGUUAAGAAACCUUUUAUUGUUUCACGCAUUGACAAGAUUGUGGUGAAUGCAAUAGUGGACACUCUGAAGACAGCAUUUCCUCGUUCUGAGCCUCAGAGCCCAACUGAGGAAAAUGAGGGCGAGAUGGAUGGGGGGAAGCUUAUUAAUGAAAAAAAGAGCAAGUCACGUCUGAAAUUCUCUAGUAAAAGCAUCCAAUUUAUAAAUGGGUCAGAUAUGAGAGUACCUGUCUUGUUUAGCUUGGAACAAACUCAUACAGUGUUUAAUGGAAUGUCUUUGGAAGAUCUGCAACAUUUUAUUCAUAAACAAGAGAAUCUGUCCAUCACAUCUAUGCCAAAUUGCAGUGAUGAUCUAAUUGUUACAAAAUACGGACAUUGCCAGCACGACCCUGCCAUCGGAAAGCAAAGUCAAGGUCAUGUGGGCACAGGUGCAGCUGAGAUGGCAUUGGCUGACGUAGCUUUGAACAUCAUGUGUCUGCUCAUGAGAGAGCAGUGGAGCUGGCUGUGCACUGAGAACAUUCAAAGGACCAUUAGGCUUCUGUUUGGGACCCUUAUUAGCAGAUGGCUGGAUGUGAGUGUGGCCAAUCUGACAUGUACCAGAUACUGGGUCCAUUAUCUUCAGAUCAUCCAAGAGUCUGUAUGGCCAGGAGGAGUUCUGCCUACUUCCCCUCAAACAGAACGAAGUCAGCAGCAGAAGGAUAACAGCAAAAAACAAGCCUUGUAUUGUCUGAUGAAUCUUCUUCCAGAUUUAAUCACAGAUUUGCUCAGCUCUGACAAAUACAAACUCAGUUGGCAGACUGUUCUUGAUUCCUUCCAAAACCCCUACAUUAACAGGCACCUGGUUUACCGCAUUUGUGACCUUUUAUUGGAGUUCCUGGUCCCUGAAUUACCUGAGCAAAGCUUUCAAAGGAGUUUGCUGCAGAGCCUCUCCAAGAACCCAGAGAAACUCUUGGCAUGAAGAGACAACCCAAACUAACUCUCACACAUGAUGCCCUCAGUUUUGGUUUUAUAGCAUUUCACAUUGACAGUUGGCAAAAAAUAUAAUUUAACCCAAUUUUUGUGUCCCUACUCUAUAGGUUUAGUAAACCCUACCCUGAGUCAAGGCCAAAUCAGUGUUACAAAAAAAUAGUAACAGUGUUCUGUCCAGAGAACCAAGAACCAAUGCUUUAAUCGUGCUUGGUAGAUGAAUAAUAAAUAAACCACUAAGUGUGGUUUGUUAUUAAUAUGCCAUGAAACACUACUGAGUAUGAAUUAGAGAACAAGUAAAAGUUUUAUUGAAUGGGGACAUUAUGAUAUUUAUUUCACAAUUGAAAAGAGUUCCCAGGUGUCUUAAAAGGUUGCCGACAUUCUUCGGUCAAUAUACCCAAAGGGUAAAGAAUGAUAGCACAAAAGAACACUUUGGUUGAAAUAACACUGGUUUGAAGAUUGAUCGUUGUUUGUUGUGUUAUGUUCAAUAUUGUUGUAUGUCCUAUGUUCCUUAUUGAUAAGUGACAAAAGAUUAUGAAAAAUCUGCCAGUAGUGCUGAUGAAGCGGGUUUUUUUUUUUUUGGGCCUUAAAACUUUGUACAGAAUCCUAAUGACAAACAAAGUGACAGUAAAACAAAGUGCAGAUAUCCAGCUAGUACCUACUGAUAAUUCUGUUCAAUAAUAAUAAUGUGUUAUAUGGGGUCAGAUUGUCUUGUUUAAAAAUUAACAUGAAAAAAGAUUGUAUAUUUAGUCAAGAGAAAUGUUUUUGAUUCCAUCUACACCCGCACAAAGUAAGAACAACACGGGGUACCUUGAUUAUAAUCAUAUGUAAUUAUUUUAUAAGAUUGGGGGAAAAAUACAAUAAAUGAUUGUCAAAACAUUUUGUGAUAGCUACAGAUGAUGCAAUGUUUUGAAUGCCAAAAUGCACUGUAUUGUCUAUGCAGUAUGCUUUAUGUUUUCAUAUAUGUAUGCCACUUUGCCAUGACAGUAGUGCAACAUUUAAUGGAAAGUUACACUGUCUCUAAAUCUCAUACAGCAGGGGUGUCAAACUCAGUUAUGGUGCGGGCCACAUCGUAGUUAUGGUUUCACUCAGAGGGCCGUUGUGACUGUGAAACCAUAUAAAUGUAUAAUCGCUUUAUAGUAUAACAAAUACACAACAAAUUGAUGGACAACUAUUUUUGAAAUCAGAAGCUAAUGGAAACUGUUCAGUUAUUCAUUUUAUUUUAAAAGGGGGACUGUUCCAAAAAAAUGCUUGCAAUUCUCAAUCAAUUGUGGUAUUUUAGCAGAAAAUGUUAAGUCAACGCACAUGAUUUUCUUUCGUGGGCCACGUUAAAUGAUGUGGCGGGCCGGAUCUGGACUCUGGGCCUUGAGUUUGACACCUCACACAGGAGUCACGCCUAUUUUUCACUUAUCAAUUUUCAACCACACUCAAAUUAACAUCUAUAGAAAAUGUUGUCUUUCGUUAACAUGCAUGUUUUUGGUGUGUGGGUGACAGGCCACCCACAUGCCAACGUGCUCUCUACACCUCUGUUCUUAGUCUGUCUGAUACAAAUGUGUAAAUGUAUGUUUUGCUUGCUAUGAACGACUUUAAACGGGGUUUCUGAGCAUAUUUUCCAUUUACUAAAUCAAUAAAGAUACAUAAGUAGCAUAUUAGUCAACUGUGCUCUGAGCUCCACACUGAUUUGCUGUACCCCACAGACUCAUGGCUCAUGUCCAACAGAAAUAAGUGUUGAUAUCCUACAGUGCAUGAUUAGGGGACCCAAACAUUUUUUUCCCCUUCAUAUAGUAUGUCAUAUUUCCCCCUGUUAGGCAUAGUUCCCCCUGUUAUGCAAGUAUUUUUAUUUUGUUUUUCUUCCUCACAAAAUUCCCACUUUUGCUUACGCUCCACAGGUAAAAAAACAGAAGUUGCAGUUAAUUCUUAUUAAAAAGUGCAUCUGUGAGUAAUUGACACCCCUCCAAAAAAAUAUGUAAUUGCAUACAUAUGCCACAAGAUGGCGGAAAAGCACCACUGAGUGUAAAUGACACUCCUCAACUCACUUCAACAUAGUUUCUUGGCACCAAGAAGCCAAAAAAUGGUGGAAAAUAAAUACUUUUAUUGCUUUGCCUGAGCACAAAAACAAACAAGAGUUUUAAAGCAAAGUAGAGGUUGCCCCCCCCCCCCAAAAAAAAUCGAAAUAUGCGAAUUUGCAAAUGCCAAAUUGGGGUUCACUGUACGACACUGCAUUAUACAUCAAAUCAAUAUAGAUGCGCAGAAAAUGUGAGAUCAAUGGGUUUUCUUUUAUGAAGCACCCCAAAUAACACUGACAGGCCAGUAAAGAUGUCUGUGUCUUUAAAUAUACAGAUACAAUUUUACCGUGUGAGGAUUGCAGAAAAUUUUCCUCGUUGCAUCAUUUUCAUGUAUGAGGUUAAAUUGACAGAAACAGUGGCUUUAAAGUGAGUUGAUGAUGUUGAAAGGGCUCCGCCUAAAAGUCAAGGUCAGGUCUAUCACCACCAAAAAAGAAUUCUUGUGGGUGCUUACUUUAUCCCCAAUUUUGGGUACUAUGGGUUGAAUAAAGCUAUGAUGCCAAAUAACUCAUGCUGUAGACCACGCGUUUUGGUGUGAAAUGUGAGUGUGAAACAGUGAAAAGUAAUUUCUUGCAGAAAAGUAAAACAAGCAGACAAAGCAACAUACUGUAUCUUACACUUUGGAUACGAUGAUCUUUGCAGAACGCUGGAGUUUUAUUUGUCUUGCAUUCUGAUUUGAUUUGCUUCCGCUACCAUGGUUAUACUGUAUUUUAGCAAAUCUUGCAACUGGUCCUAAUAUAGAGAAGAGAGAACUGAAAGGAGCAACAGUGCCAGUAAGUCUCUCAGUGUGCACGUGAUAAGCUCCAAUUCCAGGAAGACUAUUCAUGGCGUUGUGUCUGACAGGUCAGGAGUUCUGUCACCGCACUGUGAUGCGUAGGGAAUCACUGUUUUCUCUCAGGGCUGCUGGAACUUAAGGUCCUGACUGAUGUCACUUACGGUAUAUUCAUUAAUAACCGACACUGUCUGGCGCACCGUUAUAGAAAAGUUUGACAGAGAUGCUCUUUUAAC